AUGAUCCUCAUUGUAUUUGGAAAAAAAAUCCUCCAGAAAAAAUCGAAAAUGACCGAAAACUUGGAACAUUUCAAUGUUCAACAUUUAUUUCGACAAUUUUUUCUUAAAAAUCAAUGUGUUUCCGAUGCACAAUUAGAAUGCUGGAUUAAUCGUAUUCAACAAAAACUUCAUAGCCCACCAAUGGAUAAAGAAUUGGCCAUUAUGAAUGCCAACAGAAUAUUUCGUCAUUAUGGUUUUACCAUUAGAAAAGUUUUCUCUGAAUCUAUUGAUGAAACAUUCUACUAUUUAUUGACUAAUGAUAUCGAAGAUGUUUUGAAUGCCAAAUCAACAUGGACACAAGCCGAAAAUGCAUUCUAUCAUCUACUACUGGAUGCAAUCAUUCAGCCAUUCCUAGAAAACGAUUUUGAUAUUGAUGAUGAAGACGCUUUUAACGUGGCCAAACAUCUGGCAAUUGGUAUGACAUCGGCUAACAAUUUAGCACGAAACACAACAAUAGCGAUAAUUUUGGGCGAGAAAAUUGUUAAAAAUUGGAUCAAUCAACAUUGGUUCAAGCAGAUUGAUUCGGGAAACAAAAUAACAUUGGGUGUUCGGACAAUAGCACAGAAAAGUAGUUAUUUAAUUCGAAAAUAUGGUCUAUCCGCUUGUAAAUAUUGUAGUCUGGUUUGUUUUCAUGGCUUUUUCUGUUCCCAAUGUAAUGUUUGUUGGCAUGAAAAAUGUUUACCAGUCAACAGCACUACUUUAUUAUCACCAUUAUUGUGUUCAUCAUGUGAUUCACCAUUGGCUGUAAAUCAAAUUUUUAAUAACAAAAAUAAUAAUAAUUGAUUGAUGAUGAAAAAAAUUUAUUAAUUUCAAUCAAUCCUUGUAAAUUGAGAUUUAACUCUAAAGAGACAGAAAAAAAUAAAAUCAAUUGGU